AUUAAAAUGAGAAAAAAAAAAUAGAAAAAAAAAAAAAAAAAAAAAAAAAAAGAAUAGAGAGCAACGCUGCUGACUCAGCAGCGCCACCUGAUGACUCAGCGCUCACGUGCCCCCGCCCGUCCUCAGCCUCCUCGCUCUCCGUCUCCGUUUUUCUCAGUUCCUCCCAAGGACGAAACGACCUUCCAAGCACCCGCGACGACUGCCUCGCAUCCCCAUCCCCAUCGCCAUCGCCAUCGCCAUCCCGUCCAACGCGCCCACCACAACGCGCCUGUGCUUCUUCGCCCGCCCUUGCGAUUCCCCUCUCCCCCAGAGAGCCCGUUGUCUGCCGCCUUCCAGCUCCCCUUGGCCGUUCUGGUCUAUUUCUUUUUUUGUCGCCUUUUUUGCCUCUUGCCAGACAGCCAGCCCAGGCUCUCCUUCCAUCCCCAACGCAUCCAGAUCCCAUCUGCCAAGCAUCAACAGGGCUCCCCCAUUCGUCCCGCUCCGCUCCCUAGCCCCUGCUUCUUCCUCCACAGGGCUCGACGCCCGCUUUCUGUCUGUCGCUACAACUCCGCGACGCUCGGUUUCCCACUUUUCCAGCCCUUCUUUCCACGCCCGAGGCACUGUUAGGAGGAGACUGGGCCCUGUUCAUGUCCUCCUCUCUAUCCCCCCCCGAACACGAUGACUUCAAUUCAAGGUGUCCCCAAUAUGGCCACUGCUAAUCUUAGCUUGCCGCCCAACUUAACACAGCAACAUGUGCAAGAGGUGUAUCAGAAAUUUCGUAAGAUGCAAGAGCAAGGUGUGCGACCUGACGAUCCAGAAUAUGUAAAAGCCCACGGACUCCUCUCUGCCGUCCAAAGACAGCAAGCCUUCCAAAAGCAACGCCAAUUAGCGCAACAACAGCAGCAGCUUCAGAACCAACGGCUACAACUCGCGCAACAGCAACAGCAACAGCAACAACAUCAACAUCAACAUCAACAUCAACAGCAGCAACAGCAACAGCAACAACAACAGCAACAGCAACAACAACAGCAACAGCAACAACAACAGCAACAGUCGCAAUCGCAGUCGCAGCAACCUAAUGGCAUUCCCAAUGAUAACUUGGCCAACGGUGUAGAUGGUCGAAAUGGAUCAGUGGCCCCGAUGUCGAGUGGUGCCAGCCUGGAUCCCACGGCUGCCGUUGCUGCUGGGCAACAGUCGAACUCAGUAGCUCAGCAACAAGGCAACACUGCGCCUUCGAAGCCUGCGUCUUCGACUGGAGGCACGUUCUCGCCAGAACAACUGACUACAUUGAGAAAUCAGAUUCUUGCGUUUAAAAUGCUUUCCAAGAACCUCGCCAUACCACCACGCGUCCAACAGCAGCUUUUCGCGAAAAAAGUACAUACGGUAACUACUGAUGGCGUUGCGCUUCCAGAUAACGUUGACAAUGUCGCACAAGCCCGAGGAAGCCAGCCUGUUGAACCCAACGAAAAUGCGAAUAAAUCGAAGACGAUGUACGAGACGUUUGAGUCGCCAUACAAGGCCCUUGCUGAAACGAUCAACUACGCCGAUCAUUCUUUCCGGAGGAAUAGACGUAGAAUACCUAGCCUCAUGCCAAUUGGCAUUGAUAUUGAGAAGCUUAGGGAGGACCAAGAAACGGCCCUCUACAAUUUAAUAACUCUCCGAAAAGCUGAACUAGGGAAACUACCCGCAAACUUAGGAGUCUGGAAUACGGACGAGAGCGAUACUCCAAAUGGAGACGAUUCUCUCAAGCUCAAGGCUUUAAUCGAGUACAAAAUGCUAAACUUAUUACCGAAACAGAGACUUUUCCGCAAGCAGAUCCAAACGGAGAUGUUCCACUUCGACAACCUGGCCAUGUCAGCAAAUCGGGCUGGUCAUCGUCGUAUGAAAAAGCAGUCUCUUCGUGAGGCCAGAGUUACUGAGAAACUUGAGAAGCAACAACGAGAUGCGCGCGAAUUGAGAGAGAGGACGAAGCAAUCCGAGCAACUUCAAGCUAUCCUCAAUCAUGGCCGCGAGGUACAACUUGCAGCUGGCCAGCAACGCGCUCGUGUGCAAAAACUCGGACGUCUCAUGCUGAAACACCACCAAGACAUGGAGCGGGAUGAACAGAAGCGUGUGGAGCGAACGGCCAAACAACGUCUGCAAGCGUUGAAAGCCAACGAUGAAGAGACAUAUAUGAAACUGCUUGGUCAAGCCAAAGAUUCACGUAUUUCUCACCUGCUUAAACAAACCGAUGGCUUCCUCCGGCAACUGGCUGCUUCCGUCAAGGAACAACAGAAAAGCACCGCACAAAAAUACGGUGAGGAAGAUCGAUUCGAUGAUGACGAGUCAGAUAUUGACGAUGAUGACGACGAAGAAGUGGAAGAGGGUGGACGGAAAGUUGAUUAUUAUGCUGUUGCUCAUCGUAUCAAGGAAGAGGUCACAGAGCAACCCAAUAUCCUUGUGGGAGGUACUCUUAAAGAAUACCAGAUCAAAGGUCUUCAAUGGAUGAUUUCGCUUUAUAACAACAACCUCAAUGGUAUCUUGGCAGACGAGAUGGGUCUCGGCAAGACCAUCCAAACCAUAAGUUUGAUCACCUACCUGAUUGAGAAGAAAAAGCAGAACGGUCCUUUUUUGGUUAUUGUUCCACUCAGCACACUUACCAAUUGGAAUAUUGAAUUUGAGAAGUGGGCGCCAUCUGUGAGUCGCAUCGUAUACAAGGGGCCUCCAACGACACGGAAGCAACAGCAGCAGGCGAUCCGAUGGGGUAAUUUCCAGGUUCUCUUGACGACCUAUGAGUAUAUCAUCAAAGAUAGACCUGUCCUAAGCAAGGUUAAGUGGGUCCACAUGAUUGUUGACGAAGGUCAUCGCAUGAAAAAUGCCGGUUCGAAAUUGAGCUGUACUUUGACACAAUACUAUACUACCCGCUAUCGCCUAAUUUUGACUGGUACCCCGUUGCAAAACAAUCUUCCGGAACUUUGGAAUCUUCUAAAUUUCGUUCUCCCGAACAUCUUCAAGUCCGUCAAGUCCUUCGAUGAAUGGUUCAAUACCCCAUUUGCCAAUACCGGAGGACAAGACCGCAUGGAUCUGACUGAAGAAGAACAGUUGCUCGUCAUCCGGCGACUGCACAAGGUUCUUCGACCGUUCCUCUUGAGACGUCUGAAGAAGGACGUGGAGAAAGACCUUCCGGAGAAAACGGAACGAGUGAUCAAGUGCCGAUUCUCCGCGUUACAGGCUAAACUGUAUAAGCAGCUCGCUACGCAUAACAAAUUGGUCGUUAGUGAUGGGAAAGGUGGCAAGACCGGUGUGCGUGGAUUGAGUAACAUGCUAAUGCAGCUGCGAAAACUCUGUAACCACCCCUUCGUCUUCGAAUCAGUCGAGGACGAGAUGAACCCGGGAAGAGCCACAAAUGACUUAAUCUGGCGGACGGCUGGUAAAUUCGAACUACUGGACAGGAUCUUACCCAAAUUCAAGGCGUCAGGACAUCGCGUGUUGAUGUUCUUCCAAAUGACGCAAAUUAUGAAUAUUAUGGAGGAUUUCUUGCGACUUCGCGGCAUGAAGUAUCUCCGCCUUGACGGUUCAACCAAAUCCGACGACCGAUCAGAUCUAUUAAAGGAAUUUAACGCCCCUGGUUCAGAUUACUUCUGUUUCCUUCUUUCUACCCGUGCAGGUGGUCUUUGGUUUAAAUCUUCAAACUGCAGAUACAGUUAUUAUCUACGACUCCGAUUGGAAUCCUCACCAGGAUUUACAGGCGCAGGAUCGAGCGCAUCGUAUCGGCCAGAAGAACGAGGUCCGAAUUCUCCGACUAAUCACGUCCAACUCCGUUGAAGAGAGAAUUCUCGAAGCGGCCCAGUUCAAACUGGAUAUGGAUGGGAAAGUUAUCCAGGCAGGAAAAUUCGACAACAAAUCCACAAACGAGGAGCGUGAUGCCCUUUUGCGUACUCUACUGGAGAGCGCCGAAACUGCUGACCAAAUUGGCGAUCAGGAUGAGAUGGACGAUGACGACCUUAACGACAUUAUGGCCCGAUCCGAGGACGAAAUCCUCCUAUUCCAGAAACUCGACCAGGAGCGCGCCAAAAACGACCUUUAUGGCCCUGGGCGUAAAUAUCCCCGUCUGAUGGUUGAGGAGGAACUUCCUGAUAUAUAUCUUGCAGAAGAUAACCCUGUCCCCGAAGAGGUGGAAGAAUAUGCAGGGCGGGGCGCACGUGAACGGAAAGUUAUGAAAUAUGAUGAUGGACUUACAGAGGAGCAAUGGCUCAUGGCCGUGGAUGCGGAUGAUGAUACCAUUGAAGAUGCAAUUGCCAGAAACGAAGCCAAGAUGGACCGAAGACGACAAAACAAAGAGAAACGGGCGAGGAAAGCCCAGGGCCUCGAUUCAUCCCCAGAACCAUCGCGGGAGAACUCGGAAGCUCCCCAGCAGCCGAAGAAGCGCCGCAAGGGCCCCGUACCAAAACGAAAGGCGGAGGAAGCUAUCGACGAGACCCCCGUCAAACGAAAGAAGGGUCGACUCAGCAAAGCCGCCAUGGCUGCAGCAGACACCCUGGCUCCAUCCGAGCGCGCCAUCCUCCAGAAGAUACUCAACAAAGUCUACCAGAGCCUCAUGGAACUCGAACAAGAGCUCCCUGCCGAUUCGUCAGAUAGCGAAGAUGGACCUGUGACGCGGUCCAUUAUCGACCCAUUUAUGAAACCACCGCCCAAGAGCCAUUAUCCCGAUUACUACAUGAUCAUCCAAACUCCUAUUGCGAUGGACAUGAUUCGGAAGAAGAUUAACCGGGAGGAGUAUCGGAGUGUGAAAGAAUUUCGGGAAGAUAUUCGACUGCUGUGUUCUAAUGCACGAACGUAUAAUGAAGAUGGCAGCGUCCUUUUCCAAGAUGCUAAUGAUAUUGAGGCCCUGUGCGUUUCCGAACUCAAGAAAGAAACCGAAGCUCAUCCUGAAUUUGCCGAUUUUGAAGACUUGCCUUCAUCCUCCGCUGCGGUAUCUAGCGUCGGGACUCCGCUUGCGUCUGUUGUGUCAACAUCAACACCCGGUGGACAGCAGCAGCAGCAACACCAGAAACUGAGACUGACAUUCGGCGGCUCCAAAGAUGGUAAUAACAAUAAUAAUAAUGGUGGUGGUGGUGGUGGGCUGUUAACAAAUGGGACGAAUAGCGGGGUUGUAAGUGAUAAUGAAUAAAGAAGGACAAGAUAGGCACGGAAGAAGAAUAGAAAAGAGGGGAAGAAAGAGAUUUGUGUAUGUCAGAUGGGAAGGAUGAGAGACAACAAUGAAAUGAAAUGAAGUGCUGUUUUUCUACUCCUGGUGUUCUUCUUGUUUUAUGGUCUUGUGUCUUCAAUAUUGGUUGGCUUUUUCCCUUUUUUCUCUCUUUUUCCCCCCCCUUCCUUUUCUCUGUAUGUGUGUGAGAGGGUUGGUGUGUGUGCGUGCAUGUGCCCUUUGUUUAUUAUGGUUCAGAAACUGGCGAGGAAAAAUCGCGUGGCAUAUUCAUCUUCUGCUUUUUUUUUUUUUUUUUUUCUGUUUCAUUUUUCAGUUCAUUUUCAUUUCAGUUCAUUUUCAUUUCUGUUCAUUUCUAUUUUUUCAUUAGAGCUCCAAUAUUCUUAUCGUUAACUACCUAUUUAGCUGCCUUGGCUUUUCUCUCACGCUUCUCAUUUUUGUCUUCUUUUAUAUUCUUUGUCUUCUGUUUUUCUUAUUUCGUGUCAGACUUCUUGCUUUCACGCGCUCAGUAGACUAGGCAUCUAUAUAUAUAUGUAUGUAUAUAUAUAUAUUUAGUUAUAACUAGUUAUGGUGGAAGGAUUAUAGGUCUGACAGUAACACCACUACAAAACCAGUACUCCAUCGCUUAGUAACGUGAAUAGAAAAAUAGAUAGAAUAUCGGGGAAGAGGGGGUGAGAGGGAAAAGAUGUGACAGCAAAACCCACAUUGAUCAAAGAAAGACAAUGCGGAUCAACAGAGUAGAUAGGGCUA